CUCUCCACUGCGGCGUCUCAACUGCCUUCACCUAACCAUCGAAGAUACUACACUCUCUCUCGCCGCUCCCUUCCGGCGAUCCCUUCCGGCGACUACUCUCUCUGCUGCAUCCACCUCCCGCCGUGUAUAGCCUCUGCGCUGUUGAAGCCCCUCACCCCCUUUCCUCCGGCGCUCUGCGGCUGCUGCUUUCUUAGUUUUUCUCCUCUCCGGCUUUCAAGUGUGUUUGCUAUUUGGCAGAAUUUGGAGCUAGGGGAUAUGAGUGCUGCUACUUUCAACUCUGUUUCCUGUAGUAGAGGAUGCUGGUGGAAGGGAGAUGGGAAAAUUUGGAAGACCAACAAGCCUAAUGGAGAUUACCGGCUCAAUGUGAAAAGGCACUCGGUAGUUUCCCCAAAAGGGUUGAGUAUUUCAUGUUCAAAGCUGGACAAAGAAGUCCGUGUAGCUCUUCUAGGUGCUAGUGGAUAUACCGGUGCUGAGAUAAUCCGACUUCUUGCGAAUCAUCCUUCCUUCGGGAUUGGUCUGAUGACUGCUGAUAGAAAUGCUGGGAAAUCAAUUGAAUCAGUGUUCCCUCACUUGGUUACCCAAAAGGAUUUGCCGACUUUGAUUUCCACUAGUGAUGCAGACUUUUCAGAUGUGGAUGCUGUAUUUUGUUGUUUACCUCAUGGAACUACACAGGAAAUUAUUAAAGGCCUUCCACAUGGACUGAAAAUUGUUGAUCUUUCUGCCGACUUUCGACUGCAAGAUAUUUCGGAGUAUGAACAAUGGUAUGGCCAAGCACAUAAAGCACCAGAUUUGCAGGAAGAAGCUGUAUAUGGUUUGACAGAAAUGUUCAGAGAACAAAUAAAAGCUGCACGAUUGGUUGCUAAUCCAGGGUGUUAUCCAACAUCAAUUCAGCUUCCUCUUGUACCUUUGAUCAAGGCUAAACUCAUCCGAGAUCAGAAUAUCAUCAUCGACGCAAAAUCUGGAGUCAGUGGGGCAGGACGUGGUGCCAAAGUGAGUAACCUCUACACAGAAUUAUCUGAAGGCAUAAUGUCUUAUGGUGUUACAAAACAUCGACAUGUUCCGGAAAUUGAACAGGGUUUAUCUGAGGCUUCUGGGGUUAAAGUAACAGUCAGUUUCACCCCACACUUGAUGCCAAUGAGUCGUGGAAUGCAAUCUACAAUAUAUGUUGAGAUGGCUCCAGGCGCCACUGUCGAUGAGUUAUACGAGCAAUUGAAGUUGUCGUACGAGAAGGAAGAAUUUGUGAGAGUUCUAGAGAAAGGAGUGGUUCCUCGAACUCACGAUGUCCGCGGUUCUAACUACUGUUACAUGAAUGUGUUCCCUGAUCGAAUCCCUAACAGAGCAAUCAUUAUAUCAGUUGUAUGUAUCAUUAGUCUCGCUCCUUCACUCUCACUCUUUUCAUACAUUUCCAAAGUUUCUCAGUACGACGCUAGGCCUGACCCUGCUGCUAUUUUAACCCCCGAAUCGCUUGGUGCUGCUGCAGAUUGACAAUUUGGUGAAAGGAGCUUCUGGUCAAGCUAUACAGAAUCUGAACAUAAUGAUGGGUUUACCAGAAAAUACUGGGCUUGCCUCCUACCUGCCCGUCUUCCCUUAGAAGUUAGACCCCCUUUCUCAAGAACUUGAACUUCUGUGACAAAGUGCUCUUUUUUCCUUAGCAGGGAUUUGACUUAGCUGCAAAAUACAAACCUCCUCUUUGAUUUAGGCAAUGGCUUCUGUAACGCCAAGAAAUGUCCUUCAACCUUGGCUUUCAUUAAAGCUGGUUGGAUCCCAGAACGACAUUUCGCUACAUACAUAAUGCAAAAACCUUAGAUCACUAAUACGCAAAAUGAAUACGAAUCGUAAUACGCAAUGAUUGAACAGGAGUAGAUAUCAUAAACCUUGUCAAGCAUGUCUGAAAGCUGCAGCUGAAUGAAAAAUAGUCAAAAACAUCGUCAUACUGUAUAUGCUUCAAAACCAAUGGGCAAACAUAAAAUGGCAAACGGAAAGAGGAAAAACCGACGGAUUCAAACCACUUGUGGCUCAACUUCAAUUCAGAGCUGCCGAGGGAAAAACUUCUCCAAUUCCUUCCUCUCAUAGUAAUGUGGAGCAAUCUCCAGCAACCACUUGGGCUUCACUUCAGAAACGUGCCGCAUAUACUCCUUCCGAGUUAGCACGAGCUCAUGAAACACAACCCACCUUGGAUUCGGCUGCACUCUCGCCAUUCCGGACUUGGGAUGAAUCUGCACAUUCUGUAAACCUUUCAGAAUCCUGUAACUCCCAGAACCUUGGAGAAUCCCUAUGUGAGGGAAAAAACCAGACAUGAUCGCCUUCUUUAUCGCGUCCAAGUCAUUCGGAUUCGAGUUCAACUCGAUACCUGCCUUCUCCAUGAGGUUCAUCAACUGAUCUCUAACGUCUCUUGCACGUUUCAUGCUCCUCGCCUGGAUGAAAUUCUCACGGCACCACCCACUUGAAAAGUCUGUCUCCUUCCACGAAUUAUACACCCUAAGAAGAGCAAUAUGAUCUCCAACGUCACCAUCCUCAAACCUCUUCUUCGCAUUCUCAGCCAUUGCCUGCAGAUUCUUGGGACUGUAGAAAAUCGCAUUAUCGACAGAAAGCAUGGCAGCAAUCGUCAUAACCUCUUCCGCACAACCAUACUUCUCAGCAGCAAUCAGCAUCCUCGAAAGCUUUGGAUCGAGUGGAAACUCUGCCAUCAACUUGCCAAUCCGAGUGAGAUCACCUUUGCUGUUUAGAGCACCAAGGGCGUAAAGUAGCUCAAGAGCCUUGAUCAUGCUCUCAUCUGAUGGAGGAUCCAUGAAAUCAAAAUUCUUGAAAUCGUUAAUCCCAAGUGCCUUCAAUGUCAGCACCACGCUGACAAUGUCGGACCUCUGUAUCUCAGGAACACAAUUGUCCUCCAUCUGGUUCUGGAAAUGAUCAGGAGCAUACAGCCUAAUGCAUUUCCCAGGCCCAGUUCGACCAGCACGCCCGGCUCGUUGCAUAGCUGAUGCUUUUGAAAUAUCCGUCACCUUAUCCCUUCAAUUGUGAGGGAAGUUUCGGCUAUAUUCGUUGCCAAGAUCACCUUUCGAGCUUUCUCAGGGAUCGGAUCAAAGAUCCUUGCUUGGAGCUCAGUAGGCAGGUUGGCAAACAAUGGAUGGAUGAUAAGCUCUCCCAUCUUGCUUCCAUAAUGCUUCACCUUCUCUCUCAACAUUUCUUCCACAGUCUCGAUAUCUUCUUGUCCAGUAAGGAACACCAAAAUGUCGCCUGGUUGCUGUGUGACAUGGAUGUGAAGCGUAGCAGCAACUGCUUCUUCCAAAAUCUCGUCCACAGGUUGCUUGUACAAGAUAUCCACAGGGUACUGCCUUCCUGGAAUCUCCAAAAUGGGUGCACAGUCGAAGUAAUCGGAGAACUUCUCGGCAUCCAGAGUUGCACUGCUGAUCAGCAGCUUCAAAUCGCUUCUCUGCCUCGCCAAAUCCUUCACCAAGCUGAAGAUUAUGUCGGUGGAGACGGUCCUCUCGUGUGCUUCAUCCACCAUGAUCACACUGCAGUUCUUCAAAUCCGGUUGAGAGCUGAACUCCCUCAGGAGCAUUCCAUCAGUCAUAUAUUCGACAACCGUCUUCUCCGAAGUGCAAUCCUCGAACCUGAUCUUGAACCCGACUUCAUGCCCGAGCUUCACCCCCAUUUCAACCGCUACUCUAGCUGCCACACUCAUCGCUGCGACCCGUCUCGGCUGGGUGCAGAUGAUUUUGCCCUGUUUCGUGUAGCCUGCCUCGUGGAGAUACUGAGGGAGCUGAGUUGUUUUGCCGGAACCAGUCUCCCCAACUAUCACCAAAACCUGAUUAUCGCGAAUCAUCUGAAGCAAUUUAUCCUUGAAUUGGUAUAUGGGGAGGCACUUUCGGCCAUCUCCAAUGUGCUUCUUCGAAACAUAAUCGAGUUUUUGUGUAAUUUCUUCGUCUAGAGACUUACCUGGUAGUAGCUGACCUUCAAGCUUAUACAGGCUAUCGUCGAAUAGAAGCUGAUAAUCAUCGGCUUCCCUCUUUCUAUUCUUCGACCCGAAUUUCACCGUCGCUUUCUGUAACUGAUGAUCUUCCCACGACUCUAAUUUCUCGAAUCCUCCGGUGUCGCGCUUAGACGCGGCGCCAAAUCUCCUCCGCUGAUCAAUUAGCCCGUCGCCAUCGUAGGCUUCCGGAAACCGAUACUCCCCGCCGUCGCUACCGGCGACGGAUUCUGAGAACUUGUUGGUGGCCUCGAGAAUUUCUUUGUUGUGUUUGUACUCUAACCUCUCCACUUCACUCAAUUCCAAGCCCUCCAACAGAACUUUCUCUUCGGCAAUCCAAUCGUCCAGCUGCUGAAGCUUCUCCUUCUCCCUUUUCUUCAAAUACUCCUGACGGGACUUCUUCCUCAAAGCCCUAAUAACUUCUCUAUCAUCCGUAGCCUUUCUCUUCUUCUUAUCAUCUUCGCCGCCGACGACACCCGAUGCAGACUUCGAGGAAGAAGCUCCUCCGGCGCCGGAAUCAUGAUCAUCAUCAUCAUCUCCGUCACUCUCCGCCACGAUUAAGCGGUACUGCCUCUGCUUCCGGGCCAAAUCGGCCAGGCUCUUCUCUUCAUGGCGACGUGAAUUCGACCCCUUGGCAGCGGCCUUAUCGCUACGAGAAACGCUGAGGAAGAGAUCGGCGGCAAGCGAGCGAAUGUCGUCGCCUCCAUCGACCCCAUAUUCGAGCAGCUUGUCGACAAUCUCUUCAGGAGAAUUGGCGUUUUGGGAGAUCGCGGCGGUGUACUGGACCACCAGAGGGUGAGAGAAUCGCAAGAAGGACAUCAAUUUCUCGGAGACGAGGGUUUUCACAGAAGGCUCGUUCGGCAUGACUGCGAAUUGCCAAUGAAACAACGAAAGAGGUGAAGAAAACCUAAGAAGGGGAUG